AGUGCUGUCUUCACUCUCUCGUCGGGAGGGUUAAGCUGGUGACGGAUUCUCCCCUACCUAUCGACCCACGCCGCCGCCACGCCCGCCGACGACGACGAUGGCAACUACCGCCUCGCCGUCCACCACGACCACCCCCCGGUCCUUCCUCUCGUCGCCUUCCUUCUCCCUCAGGGCAUCGAAGUCGAGCCACCUCCGGACGACGAGAAGGCUGCCCGUUAAUGUACGCUGCGCCAGCAGCUCUCCUGCCGCCGAUGCAUCUUACACGACGAAGGUUUCGAGGAAUGCCAACAUAGCCAAGCUCCAAGCAGGCUAUUUGUUUCCCGAGAUUGCCAGAAGAAGGGCGGCUCAUCUGCUGAAGCAUCCUGACGCCAAAAUUAUUAGUCUGGGAAUAGGUGACACUACUGAGCCCAUUCCGGAGGUCAUAACAAAUGCCAUGGCAGAGAGGGCACACGCUUUAUCCACAGUCGAUGGCUACAGUGGUUAUGGAGCCGAACAGGGUGAAAAGAAACUAAGGGCAGCAAUUGCUGCAACCUACUAUGCGGAUCUUGGUAUCGACGAAACCGAUAUAUUUGUCUCUGAUGGCGCCAAAUGUGACAUUUCUCGUCUACAGGUUCUUUUUGGAUCUAAAGUGAAGAUUGCAGUUCAAGACCCAUCAUAUCCUGCAUAUGUUGAUUCAAGUGUUAUCAUGGGGCAAACUGACUUAUAUCAGCAGGAUGUUCAGAAGUAUGGCAAUAUUGAAUACAUGAGAUGCAGUCCUGAAAAUGGAUUUUUUCCUGAUCUUUCCAGUGUCCCACGGACAGAUAUCAUAUUCUUCUGUUCACCCAACAAUCCUACUGGUGCUGCUGCAUCCAGGGACCAGCUAACACAGCUAGUCAAAUUUGCAAAGGACAAUGGGUCCAUAAUAGUCUAUGAUUCUGCUUAUGCCAUGUACAUAUCAGAUGACAGCCCAAAGUCCAUCUUUGAAAUUCCUGGGGCAAAGGAGGUUGCCCUCGAGACAGCAUCUUUCUCUAAAUAUGCUGGGUUCACCGGUGUCCGACUGGGAUGGACUGUGGUCCCCAAGGAGCUCCUUUUCGCUGAUGGGCAUCCAGUUGCUAAAGAUUUCAACCGCAUAGUCUGCACUUCCUUCAAUGGCGCAUCGACAAUCUCUCAGGCCGGUGGUUUAGGCUGCCUCUCUGCAGAGGGUCUAAAGGCUAUGCAAGAGGUUGUUGGAUUCUACAAGGAGAAUACUAAAAUCAUCGUUGACACGUUUACGUCGCUUGGAUUCAACGUCUAUGGUGCCAAGAAUGCCCCCUAUGUGUGGGUGCACUUCCCUGGCCGCAAUUCUUGGGAUGUCUUUGCUGAGAUCCUUGAGAAGGCGCAUGUGGUUACUACUCCUGGCAGUGGGUUUGGGCCUGGCGGUGAGGGCUUUGUGAGGGUCAGUGCAUUUGGCCACAGAGAGAACAUUAUUGAAGCUGCAAGAAGACUGAAGCAGCUAUACAAGUGAGGGUUGGCUUAGCAGAUGGCCUCCUCUGUCUGUUGCUGGGGAGGGAGCCAGCCAAUAAGAACCCAGCAGCAUUUGGAACACCAGAUUUGCUCCUGGGCUUCUGGGAACUGGGAAGUGUUAGAACAGAGACAGGGUAUUGUUUUUGCUCCUCUAGAUGUUACUCUUUUCAUAACCAUUUAAUACUGGAAAUUUGCUUGUUCAA